CUCAUCACAGACAAGACAACUUCUUCACGUAAUCUACCGCUCACCCACCCCGGCUCCGAGUAGAAGGAAACUGGAAGCACAACUGUCCGCAACCUUUGGUGCUGAAACAGUACCACUGGAUAAGAGGGCGGAGCAGUGGGAACUGUCCCGGGUUUUUUUUUUUUGGUGCUUAAUUGAGCAGUCUUCCCUGGGUCAGAGAGAGGCUUACCGCUCGUCUACUGGUAUUCCCCCACGCUCUGCUUCUCAAAAGCGAGCAGGCGCAGUCUCCAGGCUCGGUUGCGAACUGUUUCGGGCGCAGAGUUUGAUCAGCUCCCGAUGGCGUUCAUGGUGAAGUCCAUGGUGGGCAGUCAGUUGAAGAAUCUCACCAAGGGGUUAGGAGGGGGUGACGAGAAACCCGAAGGCGAGAGCUCUGAAGCGGCGGCACAAGGGAUGACUACGGAAGAGUUGGAAGAGUACCAGAAGCAGCUGGUGGAGGAGAAGAUGGAGCGGGAUGCUAGUUUUGCACAGAAGAAGGCAGAGAGAGCCACAGUACGAAGUCAUUUCCGGGAUAAGUACAGACUGCCAAAGAAUGAGCUGGAUGACACUCAGAUCCAGCUGGCGGGUGAUGAAGUGGAGCUGCCAAAAGAGCUGGCCAAGAUGAUCGCGGAAGACAACGAGGAGGAGGAGGUGAAGGACUCGGUCAUCGGGCAGCUGGCCAGCAUCCAGAACCUGGACCUGGACUCUCUGAAGGACAAAGCACAGGCCACCAUCGAGGAGCUCAAGCAGACUGCAGAGAAGUGCAGCGUGAUGUGAGUGAGUGAGCUCUGUCUCUCUCUCAUACACGCUCACUAACCCUAACCCUAACCCUCUCUCUGUCACACACACACUCUCACUACCCUAACCCUCUCUCUCUCACACAUACACACUCACUACCCUAACCCUCUCUCUCUCAAUCACUCUCACUAACCCUAACCCUCUCUCUCUCACACACACACACUCUCACUACCCUAACCCUCUCUCUCUCACACACACACACACACUCUCACUACCCUAACCCUCUCUCUCGCACACACACACUCUCACUAACCCUAACCCUCUCUCUCACACACACACUCUCACUACCCUAACCCUCUCUCUCUCACACACACACUCACUACCCUAACCCUCUGUCUCAAUCACUCUCACUAACCCUAACCCUCUCUCUCUCUCAAUCACUAUGUCUCACUCUCUCAUUAUCUCUUUCAAUCUCACUCACUCUCUCACUCACUCAUUCUCUCUCUCACUCCCUCACUCACACACACACACACACACACACACUCUGACCUCACACACACACACUCUCACCUCACACACACACUCUCACCUCACACACAUAUGCACACACUGACCUCACACACACACACUGACCUCACACACACACACACUCUGACCUCAUACACACACACACUCUGACCUCAUACACACACACACACAUACUCUGACCUCAC